GAGGAAAGGUCGCAGUUUUUUUUUAAACAUUCACCAGGAACUCAUUCAGAGAGUCGGACCACCAGAAGAUAUCAGCAGUUUGAUCCCGGCCGCGGUGGUGUGAUAUCUGUGCAUCAUGGCGCUUCUCAGAGGUGUAUUUGUUGUCGCUGCCAAGCGCACUCCGUUUGGCACCUAUGGCGGCGUGCUGAAGGACCACAGUGCAACGGACCUGGCCGAGCAUGCAGCCAAAGCCGCCCUCGCAGCAGGGGGCGUGGCUCCAGAACUUGUAAACAGUGUCAUCGUGGGAAAUGUCAUGCAGAGCUCAGCUGAUGCAGCUUACAUUGCUCGUCAUGUGGGUCUGAGGUGUGGCGUUCCGAUCCCGGUGCCGGCUCUCACUGUGAACAGACUGUGUGGGUCCGGUUUCCAGUCCAUCAUCAACGGCACUCAAGAGAUUUGCCUGAGGGAGUCAGAGGUGGUCCUGUGCGCAGGCUCAGAGAGUAUGAGUCAGGCUCCGUACGCCGUCCGCAACAUACGAUUUGGUACAAAGUUCGGAGUCGAUCUCAAGCUCGAGGACACCCUGUGGGCGGGCCUGACCGACCUGCACAUCAAAAUCCCGAUGGGCAUCACAGCGGAAAACCUGGCAGAGAAAUACCAGCUCACACGAGAAGACGUCGACAACUACGCAUACCAGACACAGCAGAGGUGGAAGGCCGCGCAUGAGGGCGGUCACUUCACAGAGGAAAUUGCUCCCAUUGAUGUGAAAGCCAGGAAGGGCAAGGUGUCCAUGACCCACGACGAACACCCUCGUCCACAGACCACUCUGGAGCAGCUGGCUAAAAUGCCCGCCGUCUUCAAGAAGGGAGGGACCGUUACCGCUGCCAACGCUUCGGGGGUCUCUGAUGGUGCUGCUGCCGUGGUGAUUGCAAGUGAGGAUGCGCUGAGUGAGCACAAGCUCACGCCUCUGGCCAGAAUUGUGGCCUAUCACGUUUCAGGCUGUGACCCGAGCAUUAUGGGAAUUGGUCCCGUUCCGGCCAUCACAGAAGCUCUUAAAAAAGCCAGUCUGACUCUCAACGACAUGGAUCUUGUGGAGGUGAACGAGGCCUUUGCCCCUCAGUACCUGGCUGUUGCUAAGGCUCUCGGCCUGGAUCCAGCGAAAACCAACGUCAACGGUGGCGCCAUUGCCAUCGGACAUCCUCUCGGUGCUUCCGGAGGGCGUAUCACUGCCCACCUGGUCCACGAGCUCAGGCGACGAGGAGGCCGGUACGCUGUGGGCUCUGCCUGCAUCGGUGGGGGUCAGGGUAUCGCCAUCAUCCUCGAGAAGUACUAAUCCGAAAAGCUGCUAGUCUCAGAAGAAUUGCUGCUGAUGAAUGUCUUGCCUCAACGUUGUCUCGCAUAGGCCAAAAAUACAAAAAUACAUAUAUUUAAAACACUUCCAUGUACAUAGGAAAUGUCAAAUGCUCCCUUAACAUGUACUGCUGGUCUGUUUUUUCACCUGGCACACAAAGAUAAAUCAAGAGACUGUUUGUGUAUGUGGCCGAGACAGAGCGAGGUCGGUGGUCACGUUAACUUGUAUUGCGUUAUAGGAGGGUCUAAAAGGGACUCUGAACUCUGAUGUUUGCCUUAUAAUCUUCUCUAUCACUCCAUUAACAGGGAUCAUUAUUUCCAGAAAAUAUAUCCGAUCUGUGAUGGUUCCUGCAUUGAAAACUAAUUUUGGUUAUCUCUGUGUCAAAGAAUCUCAAUAAUAAACAUUUUCAAAAAAGAGAA